AUGAGGUACGUUCUAUUGCUUGCUGCUAGUAUAACUCUGUCUGUAGCGUUGGUAGUGAAAACUAAAGAAGAAUGUAAAUGUUUCGAAGAAUUUGAACCUGAAAAGGAAGGAGAUAAUUGGUUUUGUCGAGGAAAAAAGAAUUUCAGGAUAUACGAAUGUGGUGAAGAGAAGCCACCUAGGUGUAUCUGCAGUGAUAAGGGAAAGAAAAUUACAUUGGACCUGGGAGAAACAGAUUGCACUUCCACGAAUCACCGACACGUUGAUGACCUUUUCUGUGAACCUCGCGCCGAAUGGGAUGAAUACUUCAAGAGACAUCCACAUAGAAGGCUCAUUGUCGAACCAACCCCUCCUUUCUGAGCUCAGCUCAAUUGAAAAUAUAACAUGAUCACAAUAGAUAUUUAUAGUACACAUUUAUCUACUUGUAUGGUAAAAUAUAAAAUGUCAUUGUUUCAACUAUUUGAUCCCGUAUCUAAAUACAUUUUAGUACAUACAACCUAAGCUUUACUGGAUUUCCUUACAAAUCCAUUGAUCAAAAUCGACCAAACAGGAACAGUAUGCCAUAUUAUCCCAAGGAAAAGAAGGCAUAUAUCCGUACAUCGACCAUGGGCCAAGUUGACACAAUAGAUUCGUAUAACAGCAGGUGCAGGAGAAGCCAGGAUACAGAGAAAGAAAUAGUAGUAGUAGUAGAAAGAUUUAUUUAGCACAUUUGGCUACAUAAACAGAAUAAUUGUAAACAACUUAGAACUAGUAAAUUCAAGCCACAUGGUGUAUGAUGUAAAUGCUGGGCAACCUAUAAUUGUAGAUUUAACAAGUGAUUUCUCAAUUUUACUUUAAAUUUUCCAAAGUUUUCUGGUCUUUAAUCUCCGAGUAUAACUUAUUAUAUUCAAGCAGCCCUUGAUGGAAUACAGAUUUGUAGCAUAUGUUAUACUUUUUGGUCAUUAAAUGGAAGUCAUCUUUAUUUCUGGUAUUAUGUAAAUGAUGGUCGACAUUUGAUGAUGUUAAAUUAGUUAGACUUGAUGGAAAU